CUGCAAGGCAUGGGGGAGUGGGGGAUCAGCGCCACAAUGGCUCCGGGGGUCUGGCAGCCCAGCAGGCAGAGGGCCAGUGCCGGCGCCCUGUAUGGCUUGUACCAUGGAGGCCAAUGCUAUGGGAUUCAGUGCGUUGACUCGAUCGACCCGGACAAGGAAAGCCCCGGCUGCAAGAGAAGAAGGACCCGGACCAACUUCACCGGCUGGCAGUUAGAGGAGCUGGAGAAGGCUUUCAAUGAGAGUCACUAUCCGGAUGUGUUUAUGAGAGAGGCCCUGGCCUUGAGGCUGGACCUAGUGGAGUCCCGAGUUCAGGUCUGGUUCCAAAACCGCAGAGCUAAGUGGAGAAAGAAAGAGAACACCAAGAAGGGCCCAGGGAGGCCAGCCCAUAAUUCCCACCCCACCACCUGCAGUGGAGAGCCCAUGGACCCCGAGGAGAUAGCCAGGAAGGAGCUGGAGAAAAUGGAGAAAAAGAAGCGAAAGCAAGAGAAGAAGAUGUUAAGGAACCAGAACCGACUCCAGCACUCUCCAGGCGACAUGUCCCUGCACACCCCCAGCUCUGACAGUGACAGUGGACUCUCCCAGAACCUUGACUCCAGCUCACUGGAGAGCAGCCAUCCUGAUAUGGGACAAAGCAGAAGCCAAACCCAAGCAAGCUGUGACCAAACAGGACAAGCCUUUUUCCAAAGCCAAAGAAACACAGGACAAAGGGACAGGGUCAGUGACAAGGAGUCACCGGUUGAAGCCAACCACAACUCAGGCUUGUGCCCAAAUGGGAGAGGCGCUGCCUUCCAGAAACUCAAUCCCUUCAGCGUAGAAAGCCUGUUGUCUGACUCUCCCCCCAAACGGAAGACAGGGAUAGAAUUUCCAGGUUUAACGAACCCCCGAACCUUAAUUGGGAAGGGACAUUUUCUGCUGUACCCCAUCACCCAACCUCUGGGAUUUAUAGUACCGCAGGCUUCCAUUAAAUCCAACUCAGCCCAGGAACUGCCCAGUCCUGGGAUUAAGGACUCUCUUCAUAACAGUAACUCGGGUCAGCCCAGUCUAAAUACCUCCCCGAACUCAGCACAGAACUUAUACCCCAACAAACACACGAACUCAACCCAGAGCACCACUCUAACAGUAUGUAAGACUGAGAAUGGUGACCACCAUGGGGCAACCUCCAGCUCUGGAGACACAGGGACUGAGCAGUUGGACAGCACAUAUUCUGAGCCAAAGUCUCCCAAGUCCCUGAAAAGCGACAGAGAGACCCCAGAGUGUCCGAAUGGCUCAACUUCUACCUGCCCGCCCAAACCCAGCUUAGACUGUGAAGAGGUAGAUAUGGACUAAGCCUCCCCUCAUCCUUAUGGACUCUACAGACUUCUAACAUUCCCAGUAGCUGAACCCACCAGACAGCUUCCUCCAGCCCGUAUUAUCCACUUAGUCUAUCCAGGUGCCAGUUGGGCGCAGUGAUUUCUUAGGUCGGCUUUAUAUCAGCAGAUAUUCAGAUUAAAAUCAUAAUUAUGGUAAUAAUAAUAAUAAUAAUAAAAAGACCAACCCCAUGAACAAAAGCAACGUAAAUCCUCAAUCUUGUAAAAUGCAAAAAUGUAUAAAGAUAUUUAUAUAUGUAAAACUCUUUUGAUAAAUAAAGCUUAAAACUGUU